AGGCGUGACAAGUGGAAGCCAAACACGCACUCGCGAAUCUGCCAGGUGCAUUCCGACGAAGAUCAAUUCGAGAGAGGCCGGCAGGAUGGAAAAAAAUUUUUAAAGUCAUCUGCCAUUCCAACAUUGUUCCCGCACUCGAAGCAGAAAAAAGAGCGCAAGCCACCAAAACCAAGAGAGCCAUUGCCACCCAAGAGUCAUGUCCGAGCUAAAGACACAGAAGCGUCUAUCUCCUUGCUGACUUGCCCUGAGGUCUCGGCUCCACUCACCGACAGCACGCAAGAAGAACAGCAGGACGACUGCCAUCACCAAUAUAGCGAUCCACGCUUGCUGGGAGCUUCGUCUGCAGUGAACGGUGUUGCACGAGAUACGGCUGUAUUCAGUGGUCAUCUUCCUUGCACACCGCAGCUCGUGCUACCCAACAACAGUAUGGAGAUCGAAGACUCACAAGCAUCCCUCUCCUCGCUGAUUUGCCCCGCUGUGUCGGCUCCACUCAUCGACAGCACGCAAGAAGACCAGCAGGACGACUGCCAUGACCAAAAUGGUAAUCCACGCUUGCUGGGAGCUACGUCUGCAGUGAACGGUGUUGCACGAGAUACGUGGAAUUCGCCAUCAGGUUUUGCGUGA